UCAAAUUUUAAAGAUACCAAAGAGCAAAGAGAUAAAAAAUGCUGCAAUACCCUGCGUUCAUGACUCAGUUCCCAUCGUCGACGAGGGUUAUUCCGACGUCGUAUCUUUUGCCGGCGCAGUGGCCCCAGCCCCACAACGACGAGCUCCUUCUCGCUAUGGAAGAAUCAGAAUACGAAGAUAAGUGCAAUGAAAUCAGAAAGACAAAUAGCAACUUAACCAUAAUUGGGAAAACAACAGUUGAUCACGAUAAAGAAGAUUUUGACAAUGAUGCUGAUGAUGAUGAUGCUGACAAUGCAGAAGAGUCUGAAGGUGAUGAAUUUGAGCAGGAGACUGGUUGAAGUGUGUGUUAGAGAGAGAGAGUUUGUAUGUUACAAUGAACCACUAUACUUGUAUGUUGCAAUGAACCAUGAAAAGAUUUGAAGACUCAAUUUGUUGAUAGUUUCUGAA